AUGAACCGAAUCCAGAGAGUCGCCAUUGUAGGGGCCGGCGGUCGCCUGGGAAGCUUUGUGAUCGAUGAGUUAAUCGCCUCGGAUCUCUUCACUGUCACUGCAAUCAGACGUCCAGAGAGCAAAAGCCAACUGCCACCUGGCAUUCCUGAAGUAGAGAUAGUCAACUACAGCGACAAGUCUGCCGUCGUCGACGCCCUUCGAGGCCAAGAUGCGCUUGUCAUCACUCUGAACUUCUUUGCAGCCCCUGAGUCCCAGAAGCAGCUCGUAGACGCCGCCGUCGAAGCUGGAGUCAAGUUCAUUAUGCCGAACGAAUGGGCUUUUCCUGGAGCAGAUGGGAAGCUCGGCAAGGAUAUUGGCAUGGGACUGGGAGUCGUGGCCCACCGAGAAUACAUUGAAUCCGCUAUCACUGGCAAAGACACCUCUUGGAUCUCAAUCACUUGCGGACCGUGGUACGAGUUCUCGCUCGUGUGUGGCUUCGACUGCAGCUCUUCCGCACGGUUUGGUUUCGAUUUUGAUGCGAAGACCGUUACGUUCUUCGACCAUGACGGAAGGAGCAAGAUUCACACGACGACUUGGAAUCAAGUCGCUCGUGGGGUGCUCGCCUUGCUUUCUCUACCUAUAGAUUCGGGAAUGGGACACGCUGGUCCCUCAUUGAGCGACUUCAAGAACAGCUCAGUCCACAUCGCCUCCUUUCUGAUCAGUCAGCACGAUAUGUUCGAGUCGAUACUACGACUUCGCGGCGAAAGGGUGAAUGGCUGGACGAUCGAAAGAGAAGAUACCCAAGCACGCUUCGAUCGUACAAGCAAAAUGGUCGGCAAUGAGGACAAGAUGAUCAAUCUGGAAGGUAUGGUGACUCGCAUGUACACCCGAUUCUUCUGGCCGGACGGCUCUGGGACUUUCAGCGACAAAUUGGCAAACGAGCAGCUGAGUCUUCCAAACAAGGAUCUUGACGACGCGACUGCGUAUGCGUUGAAGUUGCUGGGUGAGAAGUCUGUCAAACUCCAGCUUUGA